CGUAGAGACGAGAGCACUUCCGCUGCUGGAGUUACUUGCAGAUUUUCGCUUGUGGUGUGUGUUGAACAUCAACAAAAUAGAUUGUGUUGAGGUUACACAUUAUAACAAUAACCAUGAGUGACAGUUACGACAGAGCAAUUACUGUAUUCUCACCUGAUGGACACUUGUUCCAAGUUGAAUAUGCCCAGGAAGCUGUCAAAAAAGGGUCCACAGCGGUAGGUGUUAGGGGGAAAGAUAUUGUUGUGCUUGGAGUGGAGAAGAAAGCUGUUGCCAAACUUCAAGAAGACAGAACUGUGAGGAAGAUUGCUCUCCUGGAUGAUCAUGUGGCACUUGCUUUUGCUGGUUUGACGGCUGAUGCUCGUAUUCUAAUCAACCGUGCCCGCAUUGAAUGCCAGAGCCACAAGCUGACAGUGGAGGACCCUGUGACUGUGGAAUACAUUACACAGUACAUCGCACAGCUCAAGCAGAUUUAUACUCAGAGCAAUGGUCGGCGGCCUUUUGGCCUGUCUGCCCUCAUUAUGGGCUUUGAUUUAGAUGGGACCCCCAGGCUAUAUCAGACUGACCCAUCGGGGACAUACCACGAGUGGAAGGCUAAUACAAUUGGACGCAGUGCCAAGACCGUGCGCGAGUUCCUUGAGAAACACUACACAGAGGAAUUGGCAGCCAGUGAGGCCGAGUGUAUCAAGCUGACACUGAAAGGUUUGCUGGAAGUGGUCCAGUCCGGGGGCAAGAACAUGGAGGUGGCUGUCAUGAGGCGAGGGAAGCCCUUGCAGAUGAUGGGCCUGGAUGAAAUUGAGAAAUACAUCGCAGAGAUAGAGAAAGAGAGAGAGGAAGAAGCAGAGAAGAAGAAACAGAAGAAGUGAUCAACUGGAUUUGUUUUUGUAGUCGUCCACUUGUUUAACUUUUCACAUUUUGUGUGUAAUGUUUUGUGUUGCAGUUUGCGUGCUGGAAUCAUUGUGUCCAUCAUUGGUCUAUGAUAUGUUUGUUGUGAGUGCAAGCGUUGAGAAUCAUGGAAUGCAAUUUUAGAGUGAUUGUUGAGGUUGUAUCCAUUAAAGAUUUGGUUUUUAAAAAUCUA